AUGUCCGACUCUCCUCCUCCUGCGUCUCGUCGUGUCGCACGUACAUAUGGACGUCGAAAGGACGUAGCACCACCCGACCACUCACAUUCAGAUGACGCCGGCGCGUCGCUCUCUACUACCCGCGCAAACGCGCACAAUAUUUCUAAACACUCCGAUGAUGAAGUCGAGCCAGACUCAGAUGGGCUCGAUGUUCCGCCAGAUACGUCAAUUACGGAAGAUGUCGAUCACGAGAUGCAGUCCAACGACGAGGACGAGGUCGCAGAUGACGAGAACGCGACGGAUUCGUCCAGCGUCCCUUUGAACUUUUCGCGUUUUGCCCUUGACGGCACGGGCAACUACAGUUUUGGCUUCAAGGAAGCCAUGAAGGAACUUGACUCUGGCUCCAUUACGAAUGACUCGACGACCAACGGAAUAUUACGUUCGCAUGCCAAAGGGCCAUUGUCUCCUUCGUCGGGAACAGCCGCCCUUGACGAAGAUGCGCCUAUGUCUCUAGCGCGCACCCCGACUCUUUCUGCCUCAGAUACAGAGGACGUUUUCGGUGGUUCUCUCGCCACUCUCACAGGUACUAGCUCUGCUUCAUACAUCGCAUCUCCUGCGCGUGUCUCCUCUGCCUCCCUGUCAUCUUCCCACGCCUCUUCCAUCCCCGCCCUCCCUGCAUCCCGUAAACGACCAACUCGGCGUGUGGUCGACUCCGAUUCUGACGAGGAAGAAGGCGACAGGACCGUGCGCCUAAACUCCUCAACACAACCACCGAAAGACUCCGCUUCGUUGGAGGCCUCGUCACCCGUGUCUGCGGAUCCUCACUCCAUAGACUAUACGCCGAAUAAGGACCCCGGCGACUAUACCCCUCCCACUUCGGAUAUCGAUAUGCCUCUGGCGACGACAGAUUCGUCUAUUGAUGGGAGGAAGAAGGGUAAACCUACUAAGGGUAAAGGAAAGGCGAAGGCGACGAGAGAUGUCGCACCUCUCGAGUUCGCUGCCCCGGUGGAUGCUGGCCUAGCUUUGAAGAGUGAUCCGAAGAGCAGGAGCAAAACUCCUGCGGAGAAGAAGCUCAAGGUCCGCCUCUCUGUUUAA